GUGCGGCCAUGUGAGCUAUAGCUAACGUUACUUAUGCUGACUGACGUUUUGACACAGUUGUUAUCUCAUUCGGGUUUAUCUGCUGCACAACUUAUGCUCGCAUUCCAUACAAGUUUUAAGAAGAUAGAGCUGUCGGGCUGUCAGGGCUCCACGUCGCUGUCUGACCUUACAGUCAUGAACGCUACUGCGGUCAAUGUCUUUUUCAAGCAGGCCCUGAUCAUGGCAGUUGACUGGGCUGGAUAUGGGUACGCAGCACUGGUUGCGUCAGGAGGAGUGCUGGGUUAUGUUAAAGCAGGCAGUGUCCCUUCCUUGGCAGCUGGGGUGCUCUUUGGCGGUCUAGCAGGUUUUGGUGCUUAUCAGAUAUCACAGAACCCCAAAAACAUCUGGGUAUCUUUAGCUACAUCAGGAACCCUGGCUGCUAUCAUGGGGAACAGAUUUUAUAACUCUCGCAAGAUUAUGCCUGCUGGUAUAGUGGCUGGAGCAAGCAUUCUGAUGUUGGUGAAGCUUGCUUUUGGAGUUCUACAGAAGCCACAAAAAUCAUGAUAAAUUGAUACCACAAAACCCUGAAAAAUCAUUCUUUAUUGCUACAUUAUAUCACUGUCAUUCUGUAGUCAACUGUGAUUGUGGAAAUAAUUUUUAAUAAAAUGUUUCAUAAAUGAUAAAAAUUAA